AUGCUAUCUAAGAUUUUAUUGUCUGCAUGUAUCUUAACUAAUAUUUUCUCAGUUGUCAAUAAUUCACAUCAUAAGCAUCGCUACAUACCGGAAAUUUACAGUAAUGUAACGGACAGUGCAGAGUUAGUCCACAAUCACGAAAUGAGCUUGGAAUUAUCGGAUAUACUGCCCAUAAAACAAAGAAGUUAUGACAAGAAUAGAGCACCAAAGUUUCGAGGACAACCAACGACGGUUUACUUUCACGUAACAGUUCUUUCCAUCGACUCGAUCAAUGAAGAAUCGAUGACUUAUGUUACUGACAUUUUUCUUGCUCAAAGUUGGAGAGAUCCACGUCUUAGGUUGCCAGACGACAUGACUGAAGAGUAUAGAAUUUUAGAUGUGGAAUGGCUACAUUCUAUUUGGAGACCAGAUUGUUUCUUUAAAAAUGCCAAGAAAGUUACAUUUCAUGAAAUGACAAUACCCAAUCAUUAUUUAUGGCUUUAUCAUGAUAAAACACUGCUUUAUAUGUCAAAAUUAACUCUCGUCUUAUCUUGCGCCAUGAAGUUUGAAUCUUAUCCACAUGAUGUUCAAGUUUGUUCUAUGAUGAUUGAAAGUCUAUCGCACACAGUUAAAGAUCUUGUAUUUAUAUGGAACAUGAGUGAUCCACUCGUCGUAAAUGAUGAAAUAGAACUUCCACAACUAGAUAUAUCAAACAAUUACACAAUGGAUUGUACGAUACCUUAUUCUACUGGAAAUUUCACAUGUUUAGCUGUUGUUUUUAAUCUAAAACGACGUCUGGGGUAUCACUUGUUCCAUACAUACAUUCCAUCGGCACUUAUUGUUGUCAUGUCAUGGAUUUCAUUUUGGAUUAAACCAGAGGCUAUUCCUGCUAGAAUCACGCUAGGUGUGACAUCACUUCUUACACUAGCAACACAAAACACACAAUCACAGCAAAGCUUACCGCCGGUGUCCUACGUAAAAGCUAUAGAUGUGUGGAUGUCAAGCUGCUCAGUUUUUGUUUUCUUGUCUUUGAUGGAAUUUGCCAUUGUUAAUAAUUAUAUGGGACCGGUCGCAACGAAAUCUAUGAAAGGAUAUUCAGACGAAGAUUUAAAUGCCGAUGAUGACUUUAAGAACGGAGAACAUCGUCCAUCACUUCCACAAUACGAUACAUUCUGCAAUGGAAGAGAAAUUGCACUUUUUAUCGAUCUGAGAUUUUGGGCCUUUGAAAAUAUUUGGUAUGCUGUAUUUGUUUUGUGCCACUUACUCAUCGGAGUGAUCUUUAACAUCGCAUCAGUUAAUCUUACACUCAACGAAUAUCCUGAAAGUUUACACAUCUUGCCAUUUGUGGCUGGCUUACCAAUAACGAUAUAUUGGUCGAUCUUUUGCAUUGUUAUUCCAUAUUUUAAGGAUGACAUAUUUUCUCAGUUCUCGCAGCUUCCAAUCGCAACUUAUGACAGUGUGUUUUAUGAUGGAUUAGGAUACAAUCCUGAAAAUGUAUCAAUUCAUCCUUUUGCAAAAGCUUUUCAAUCUGAAAGUUCACUUUUUGCAAACACAACAUUAAUCGUCAUCUUAUUCGUGAUCCUCGGAAUCGUGCAGAUCGUCUUCUGGAUAAACACAAUUGCAUUUUAUUAUAAAAUUAAGAAAGAAGAAAUUGUGCUGUCAAAAAUAGAAAUUGAAGAACCAAAAGAACGUUAA